CUAGGCGAAGCGGAGCGGCGGCGCCUGCUGCGGCUUGCGGCGGGGCCGGCGGCCUGAGGGACGCGGAUGUGACCGCGGCUGGCUGCGCCGGCGGGUAGGGCCGGGGAGGAGGUGAGCGGCGUCGGCGUCCCUCUCCGCCUCUCCCUCAUCCACCCCGGGGCUGAGAGGCUGAGGGGACGCGACCCAGGGCUAUGCAGCCGCCCCCCUACGAGUUCCUCAGCGAGGAGAACGGGCAGAAAUGGCGGGGGCUCCUCGUGCCGGCCCUGCGCAAGGUUCAACAGCAAGUCCAUCCCAACCUUUCAGCCAAGGAAGAUUCCCUCUACUACAUCGAGGAGCUGAUCCUUCAGCUGCUAAACAAGCUAUGCAUUGCGCAGCCACGGACUUUUCAAGAUGUAGAGGACCGAGUUCAAAAGACCUUUCCUCACCCAAUUGACAAGUGGGCAAUUGCAGACGCCCAGUCCGCUAUCGAAAAGCGAAAGCGAAGAAACCCUCUCUUGCUGCCUGUGGACAAAAUUCAUCCUUUGUUAAAGGAGGUUCUUGGUUAUAAAAUAGAUUAUCACGUGUCUCUUUACAUUGUGGCUGUUCUGGAAUAUAUCUCUGCUGACAUCUUAAAACUGGCUGGCAAUUAUGUUUUCAAUAUACGGCACUUUGAGAUCUCCCAGCAAGAUAUUAAAGUAUCAAUGUGUGCUGAUAAGGUAUUGAUGGAUAUGUUUGAUCAGGAUGACAUUGGCUUGGUUUCUCUCUGUGAAGAUGAACCCUCUUCUUCUGGUGAACUCAACUAUUAUGAUCUUGUCAGGACUGAAAUUGCAGAUGAAAGGCAGUAUUUACGGGAGCUGAAUCUGAUCAUAAAAGUAUUCCGAGAAGCUUUCCUGUCUAACAGAAAGUUGUUUGCACCUAAUGACAUCGACAUGAUAUUUAGCAACAUCUCAGAUAUCCAUGAAUUGACAGUGAAGCUCCUGGGAUUAAUUGAAGACACAGUGGAAAUGACAGAUGAAAGCAGUCCUCACCCCUUGGCUGGCAGCUGUUUUGAGGAUCUCGCAGAGGAACAAGCCUUUGACCCAUAUGAGACCUUGUCUCAGGAUAUCCUUUCACCCCAAUAUCACGAGCGUUUUAAUAACUUGAUGGCCAAACCUGCUGUUGCCCUACACUUCCAGUCAAUCGCUGAUGGUUUUAAAGAAGCAGUACAGUACGUCCUUCCACGGCUCAUGUUGGUUCCUGUUUAUCAUUGUUUGCACUACUUUGAAUUAUUACAGCAAUUGCAAGAAUGUAGUGAAGACGAAGAAGACUGCGAAUGCUUGAAACAAGCCAUCACAGCUCUCCUGAAUCUCCAGUGUAGCAUGGAACGUAUAUAUAACAAACACUCACCUAGACGCCGCCCUGGGGAACCGGUGUUUUGGUUCUACAACCGGCAAGUGAGAAGCAAGCACCUGGCCAUUAAAAAAAUGAAUGAGAUCCAGAAAAACAUAGACGGCUGGGAAGGCAAAGAUAUUGGUCAGUGCUGCAAUGAAUUCAUAAUAGAAGGGACGUUGGCCAGAGUCGGAGCCAAACAUGAACGGCACGUAUUUCUCUUCGAUGGCUUAAUGAUCAGCUGCAAAGCGAACCAUGGGCAGUCCCGGCUCCCAGGCUACAGCAACGCAGAGUACCGACUCAAGGAAAGAAUCAUAAUGAGGAAAGUCCAUAUAAUUGAUAAAGACGACACGUGUGAAUACAAGAAUGCGUUUGAAUUGGUCCCUAAGGAUGAGAACAGCUUCAUCUUUGCAGCCAAGUCCGCCGAAGAAAAGAACAACUGGAUGGCGGCACUGAUUUCCCUCCAGUAUCGCAGCACCCUAGACCGGAUGUUGGACGCGGUGCUGCUGCGGGAAGAGAAUGAGCAGCCCCUGCGGCUCCCCAGUCCAAGCGUCUAUCACUUCGCAGUGGAAGACUCCGAGGAAAACAUCGUUUUUGAGGACAACCUUCAGAGCAGGAAUGGAAUUCCCAUUAUCAAAGGCGGAACUGUGGUGAAGCUCAUUGAAAGGCUGACCUACCACAUGUAUGCAGAUCCCAAUUUUGUACGUACUUUUCUUACCACGUACCGCUCCUUUUGUAAGCCGCAAGAACUCCUAGGUUUGUUGAUAGAACGAUUUGAAAUCCCAGAUCCUGAGCCAACAGAAGCGGAUAGACUGGCGGUAGAGAAAGGAGAACAGCCAAUCAGUGCAGACCUUAAAAGAUUUCGCAAGGAAUAUGUCCAGCCAGUGCAACUCAGGGUAUUAAAUGUGUUUCGGCACUGGGUGGAACACCAUUUUUAUGACUUUGAGAGAGAUCAGGAGCUACUUGAUAAACUGGAAACCUUUAUUUCCACUGUGAGAGGCAAAUCGAUGAAGAAGUGGGUAGAAUCCAUUGCCAAGAUUAUCAGGAGGAAAAAGCAAGCGCACGCAAACGGCGUUAGCCACAACAUAACUUUUGAGAGCCUUCCGCCCCCAAUUGAGUGGCACCUUAGCCGCCAGUUUGAGACCUUUGACCUCAUGACACUGCAUCCCAUAGAGAUCGCCCGGCAGCUGACCCUCCUGGAAUCUGAUCUCUACAGGGCUGUCCAGCCAUCUGAACUUGUUGGGAGUGUUUGGACAAAAGAAGAUAAAGAAAUUAACUCUCCAAAUCUACUAAAAAUGAUUCGGCAUACAACAAAUCUUACGCUUUGGUUUGAAAAGUGUAUAGUGGAAACUGAGAACUUUGAAGAGCGAGUGGCCGUAUUAAGCAGGAUUAUAGAAAUCCUGCAGGUUUUCCAAGACUUGAAUAAUUUUAAUGGUGUGCUAGAGAUUGUCAGUGCAAUGAAUUCUGUCUCCGUGUACAGAUUAGAUCACACGUUUGAGGCACUGCAGGAGAGAAAAAAGAGAAUUUUGGAUGAAGCUGUAGAAUUAAGUCAAGAUCACUUUAAAAAAUACCUUGCUAAGCUUAAGUCAAUCAACCCACCCUGUGUGCCUUUCUUUGGAAUAUACUUAACAAAUAUUCUAAAGACAGAAGAAGGGAAUCCCGACUUCCUUAAAAGACAAGGGAAAGGAUUAAUCAACUUCAGUAAGAGGAGGAAAGUGGCUGAAAUCACAGGAGAAAUCCAGCAGUAUCAAAACCAGCCUUACUGUUUACGGGUCGAACCAGAUAUACGGAGGUUCUUUGAAAAUUUGAACCCCAUGGGAAGCUCUCCAGAAAAAGAAUUCACAGAUCAUUUGUUCAACAAGUCGCAGGAGAUUGAGCCUCGAAAUUGCAAACAGCCUUCUAGAUAUCCCAGGAAAACAACCUACUCUCUGAAAUCUCCUGGAAUAAGGCCCAAUGCAGGCAGGCACGGCUCCACAUCUGGCACGCUGAGGGGCCACCCAACACCUCUCGAAAAGGAGCCCUAUAAGAUUAGUUUUAGUAGAAUUACUGAAACUGAGCAGGAGUCUGCGGUGUCGGCACCAACCUCGCCCAGCAUGCCAUCCACUCCGCCGGUGUCCGCGUCUUCUGAACUCAGCGUAUUCCUAGACAUUGAUCUCAACAGCUCUUAUGGUAGCAGCAACAGUAUCUUUGCUCCUGUCCUUUUGCCACAGUCAAAAUCAUUCUUCAGCUCAUGUGGGAGCCUGCAUAAGCUGAGCGAAGAGCCUCUGGUUCCUCCUCCUUUGCCUCCUCGCAAGAAAUUCGACCAGGAUUCUUCUAACUCAAAGGGCAGUUCCAAAUCUGACGACGACCCUCCUGCAAUUCCCCCCAGGCUGCCCCCGCCUCCAAAGAUACAGCCACGAGUCCCAGCUUACACCGGCCUGUUUGAUCAGCCACUGCAGAGCCCGCCGCCUCCGCCUCCCAGAGACCCCCUUCCCGACACCCCUCCUCCCGUACCUCUUCGCCCUCCAGAGCACUUUGUGAACUGUUCGUUCAAUCUCCAACCGCCGCCCGUGGGACGCUUUCACAGAGACCCCGACCGGCUCCGAGAAGCCGGCACCUGCCCGAACUCCCCUAACACCCCUCCCAGCACUCCGUCGCCUCGGAUCCUGCGUCGCCUGUGCGUGCUCAGCCCCAACUCCAACAACCUUGCCGCUCCCCCGGUCCCGCCGCGUCAGAAUUCCAGUCCUCAGCUACCAAAACUGCCACCAAAGACUUACAAAAGAGAACUCUCCCACCCCCCUUUGCACAGACACUCUUUGCUAGAGAAUGCGGAAACUCCUCAAUGACCCUUCGCCACGGUAGUCAUUGACACUGGAAUAGUAACUGUAAAGUUCCCAUUUUCUUUUUAAUUUAUUCCAAUAAGACAGUGGAUUUGAGUACUUUGACAAGUAACACUUGUUCCCAGAGUGCUGCUGAUCAAGACUCGGCAAAAACAACUCCCCCCAAUCCUCCACGCCCAGCCUUCGGACCCACUGCAACAGCACUCUCCUCAGGGGAUCAGCAGCACUGCCUUCUCCUCCUCCUCCUCCUCCUCCUCAGUGCCGACACUUUUGCCAGUACAAAGAAUACCGAUUUUUGCACUGUAAAUGACACACUACACUAAUUUUAAACUGACAUCAGUUCACUGCACUGAGCCAAAAAAAAAAACAACGGUUGCUGGUGGGAUUUUUACUUUCAAACUGGAGCACGAGCGGCCUUCUCUACAAGCGUCUUUUUGCAAGGGCACAACCCACGGGGCCGUUCCCCAGAGCAAAGCCCCAUUGAGAAAGGGAUGGAUUUCCCCACUUCCCAGUGGGUCGUGCCCGUAGCUGGUGGAAUUCUCACCCAAGUAUGAACAUGUAAUUCAGGUUUCUGAUAUCUUCAACCUCUUUGUCUGCCUGCCUGCC